AUGGCCGCUCCGCACCCUCUUGCUUCUAUCCCUACAGGGGUCAGCCUCCCCUUACACUUUGCUCCUGGUAUCGCCGAUCCGUCUCAGGAUGCCAGCAGCUCGAAGAAGAGGAAGCGAUCAGCCAAGGAAGUUAUCGGCCUGCGAUACAACUUCAAGCCAGCAUCCAUCACGCCAGACACCCCCGGAACAAUCUACACGAGCAAUGGCUCUCGGCAGCUCAAGUUCGACCUCGCUGCAGGCGGACAGCAAGUGUUUGACGCACGAGAAGAGGCGGGCAAGAGCCGAGAGUGCGUGAUGAUCUGGGACGAAGCUACCAACUCAUUCACCCUCCAUCCCCUCCACUCAACACUCCACCUAACUCUCAACCGUUCCGCCUCCACUGCCGCUGGAUCCCUCUCCGCUCCCACCCAAGCAUCCCCUCGCCGAACGUCCGUCGCUUCAUCCUCAUCAAGCACCUCCAUCCCUCUCGCAGUUUCCACCGUCGGUACCACUACGGAUACCAAUCCCCCGAAACGCUCUCGGCCGUCCGAGCCCACCGGGGCAGCCGCAGCUCCCGCUCCAGGGAUAACAUCCGCCAACCGCCCCGUCCGAGCUGGAAAGUCACUCCCUCGGAAACAGCCCGCCAAUGCCACUCCUGCAACGGCAACGGCUAAAGGCAGAGGCAAAGCCGGUGCGAGAAAAUCGGUCCCUAUCUCCGCACCGGCACCGGCAGCUUCCAAGUCCAAGAUCAAUGCCAAGGCGAAAGCCCCUGCUACACCUUUCAAAGGAAAGAUCAAGUCGGCGGCGAUCAUUGAGGACUCGGAUGAGGAGGCCGCGGCGUAUGAUGAGGAGAUGGCGGCUGAGGCUGGGGCUGAGACUGAGGCUGGGCCAGAAGUAGAGGAGGACGAGUUUGCGAUGUUGUUGGGGCAGAGUCUGGCGGAUGGGGCGGACGACGAUGCGGAUGCGGAUGCCGACGCCGAUGCCGAGGGGGAAGAUGAAGAAGAUGAGGACGAUGAAGAAGAGGACGAAGAGGACGAUGAUGAGGCUUUGGGAGGGGCAAAGGUGGUCCUGACUGGAGAUGGGUCGGAGUGGCUCUAG